CAACAACAUAACCCACAUGAUCUCCUUCAAUUCAUUCAUUCAUUACUCCCUCAUUUUCACACCAAAAUUUGGGUGAUAUCAUGAAGCAGAAAGGUUUUGGAUUGUGGAUUUUGUUCUUUGUGUUUGGAACUGCUUUGCUUUUUUUCUUCUUGUCUUCACUUCCUCCUCCUACUGCAGGUGAUCAUCUUGUUCACCAAAAGAAAAUCAUGUAUUUAACGAAACCAAUCAGGAAACUCAAGGAGGAAAAUCACGAUGAAAAUGCUAAUGGAAAUAUGGAUGUAGACGACUACCUCCCUAACGAUCCAGUUCCUAGUUCAAAGGCUACAUCAUUAAGGCCCGGUCCGAUCGAACAUGGCACUCCUCUUAUGCCUUAUAUUCCAAAGCCAGCACCUCCGGGACCAAAUGAGCCCGGGUAUGAUGGGUCUCCUUAGACGAUAUGAUGUUUUUUGGAAGCCUGUUUUGGUACUGCUAACUACUCCAGUGUAGUGUAUAUCAAGUGUUGUAAUAAGUUAUUAAUUAGCUAGGUUGUCUUAAUUAAUUAGUGUACUCUCUAGCUAAUUAAUUGGAACCCUGGUGGGAAUAUCCCUUUGUUGGUGUUCUUCUAGUUUGAAAUUAGUGGCUGAUCAUGGCAUCCAAGCUAAAUGAGGUUUUUCUUGUUAUCAAAUUAGUUGGUUCGAAUACGAGAGGGGCGUCUCUAUUGCUUUAAGUAGAGUGAAGUGAAUGUUUGAAAUAGAACCUCAUCGAUAUGAGA